CCCGCCGCGUCUCUGCGCCGGGACCCCAGCCGAGCCGCCCUCGUCGCCGCCUCGCCCCGGGAGCCGCUGCGCUCCGCUUAGGCGGCAUCUGCCAGCGCCGCGCCCGGGCACUGCCAGCUCCAGGGAGGCGCCGCCCGCAAGGACACCUCUCCGUCCCGCCUUGUCCGCCGCUCCGGCCCUCGUCGAGCUCCGCGCGAGCCCUCAGGAGUCCGGACGUCUCUCUGCGCUCGGUGCAGCGGCCCGAGCCGUCCCUGCGGCCCCCCCUCUCCCUCCCGCUCGGAGCCAACUCCAUCUCGGACCUGGGACGCUCUGCACGGGCUGGCAGCUACUUCUCACCUCGGGGCUGCGCCUGUCUGCCCGCUCGCCCUCCCGCGGUCCUCCUCCUCCGCUCAGGACGGGGGUGCCAAGAUGCCCCGCUGCUGCGCAGGGCCCUGGGCCGCCCCCGACGUGUGACCCCAGCCUGGUCCCCCUGCUCGGCCGUCCGCCCUCCCCUUGGAGACCCCCGGCCCGGCCCCCGGGGGAGGAGGAAGACGACGAAGAGGCCGAGGGGGGGAUGUCCGGCUCCAAAGGCGUGAGCCCUCCGGGCUACGCGGCGCAGACAGCGGCGGCGCCGGCGUCCCGGGGAGGCCCCGAACAUCGCUCAGCUUGGGGGGAGGCCGACUCUCGUGCCAAUGGCUACCCCCACGCCCCCGGGGGUUCUGCUCGCGGCUCCACCAAGAAACCAGGGGGGGCGGUGACCCCGCAGCAGCAGCAGCAGCAGCAGCGCCUGGCCAGCCGCUGGCGCGGCGACGACGACGACGAGCCGCCGUUGAGCGGCGACGAUCCCUUGGCCGGGGGCUUCGGCUUUAGCUUCCGCUCCAAGUCCGCCUGGCAGGAGCGCGGCGGCGACGACUGCGGUCGCGGCAGCCGGCGGCAGCGGCGGGGCGCGGCCGGCGGGGGCAGCACUCGGGCGCCCCCUGCGGGCGGCGGCUGCGGCGGCGGCUCGGCGGCGGCGGCCGCUGCGGCGGGCGGGACGGAGGUGCGCCCCCGUUCGGUGGAGCUGGGCCUGGAGGAGCGGCGAGGCAAGGGCCGCGCGGUGGACGAGCUGGAGGCCGGCGCCGUCGAGGGCGGCGAAGGGGCAGAGGAUGGCGGCAGCUCCGCCGACUCCAGCAACGGGCCCGGCGCGGUGCUGUCGCUGGGCGCCUGCUGCCUGGCGUUGCUGCAGAUUUUCCGCUCCAAGAAGUUCCCGUCCGACAAGCUGGAGCGGCUGUACCAGCGCUACUUCUUCCGCCUGAACCAGAGCAGCCUCACCAUGCUCAUGGCCGUGCUGGUGCUCGUGUGCCUCGUCAUGCUGGCCUUCCACGCGGCGCGCCCCCCGCUCCAGCUGCCCUACCUGGCGGUGCUGGCGGCCGCCGUGGGCGUGAUCCUCGUCAUGGCCGUGCUGUGCAACCGCGCAGCCUUCCACCAGGACCACAUGGGCCUGGCCUGCUAUGCGCUCAUCGCCGUGGUGCUGGCUGUCCAGGUGGUGGGCCUGCUGCUGCCCCAGCCGCGCAGUGCCUCCGAGGGCAUCUGGUGGACCGUGUUCUUCAUCUACACCAUCUACACGCUGCUGCCCGUGCGCAUGCGGGCUGCGGUCCUCAGCGGGGUGCUCCUGUCCGCGCUGCACCUGGCCAUCGCCCUGCGCACCAACGCCCAGGACCGGUUCCUGCUCAAGCAGCUGGUCUCCAAUGUCCUCAUCUUCUCUUGCACCAACAUUGUGGGCGUCUGCACCCACUAUCCGGCCGAGGUCUCCCAGAGGCAGGCCUUCCAGGAGACCCGCGAGUGCAUCCAGGCGCGGCUCCACUCACAGCGGGAGAACCAGCAACAGGAGCGGCUCCUGCUGUCCGUCCUUCCCCGCCACGUUGCCAUGGAGAUGAAAGCAGACAUCAAUGCCAAGCAGGAGGAUAUGAUGUUCCAUAAGAUUUACAUCCAGAAACAUGACAACGUGAGCAUCCUGUUCGCUGACAUCGAGGGCUUCACCAGCCUGGCGUCCCAGUGCACUGCCCAGGAGCUGGUCAUGACCCUCAACGAGCUCUUCGCCCGCUUCGACAAGCUGGCCGCGGAGAAUCACUGUUUACGCAUUAAGAUCCUGGGGGAUUGCUACUACUGCGUGUCGGGGCUGCCCGAAGCCAGGGCCGACCACGCCCACUGCUGCGUGGAGAUGGGCAUGGACAUGAUCGAGGCCAUCUCGUUGGUCCGGGAGGUGACAGGCGUGAACGUGAACAUGCGCGUGGGAAUUCACAGCGGCCGAGUCCACUGUGGUGUCCUUGGCCUGAGGAAGUGGCAGUUCGACGUCUGGUCUAAUGACGUCACGCUGGCCAACCACAUGGAGGCUGGCGGCAAGGCAGGACGCAUUCACAUCACCAAGGCCACCCUCAACUACCUGAACGGCGACUACGAGGUGGAGCCAGGCUGCGGGGGCGAGCGCAACGCCUACCUCAAGGAGCACAGCAUCGAGACCUUCCUCAUCCUGCGCUGCACCCAGAAGCGGAAAGAAGAGAAGGCCAUGAUCGCCAAGAUGAACCGCCAGCGAACCAACUCCAUCGGGCACAACCCGCCACACUGGGGGGCCGAGCGCCCCUUCUACAACCACCUGGGCGGCAACCAGGUCUCCAAGGAGAUGAAGCGGAUGGGCUUUGAAGACCCUAAGGACAAGAACGCCCAGGAGAGUACGAACCCCGAGGAUGAAGUGGAUGAGUUCCUGGGCCGGGCGAUCGACGCCAGGAGCAUCGACAGGCUGCGGUCCGAGCACGUCCGCAAGUUCCUCUUGACCUUCAGGGAGCCUGACUUAGAGAAGAAGUACUCCAAGCAGGUGGACGACCGCUUUGGUGCCUACGUGGCGUGUGCCUCACUCGUCUUCCUCUUCAUCUGCUGUGUUCAGAUCACCAUCGUGCCCCACUCCAUGUUCAUGCUGAGUUUCUACCUGGCCUGUUUCCUGCUGCUGACCUUGGUGGUGUUUGUGUCCGUGAUCUACUCCUGCGUGAAGCUCUUCCCGCGCCCGCUGCAGAGCCUGUCCAGGAAGAUCGUGCGCUCCAAGAUGAACAGCACCCUGGUCGGAGUGUUCACCAUCACCCUGGUGUUCCUGUCGGCUUUUGUCAACAUGUUCAUGUGCAACUCCAAGGACCUGCUGGGCUGCUUGGCGGCAGAGCAUAACAUCAGCGUGAUCCAUGUCAACGCGUGCCACGUGUUGGAGUCGGCCUUCAACUACAGCCUGGGCAACGAGCAGGGCUUCUGCGGCAGCUCCAGGCCCAACUGCAACUUCCCCGAGUACUUCACCUACAGCGUGCUGCUCAGCCUGCUGGCCUGCUCCGUGUUCCUGCAGAUCAGCUGCAUCGGGAAGCUGGUGCUCAUGCUGGCCAUCGAGCUCACCUACGUGCUCAUCGUCGAGGUGCCCCGGGUCACGCUCUUUGACAAUGCCGACCUGCUGGUCACCGCCAACGCCAUAGACAUCAGCAACAAUGGGACCUCCCAGUGCCCGGAGCACGCGACCAAGGUGGCGCUGAAGGUGGUGACGCCCAUCAUAAUCUCCGUCUUUGUGCUGGCCCUGUACCUGCACGCCCAGCAGGUGGAGUCCACCGCCCGCCUGGACUUCCUCUGGAAACUGCAGGCCACGGAGGAGAAGGAGGAGAUGGAGGAGCUGCAGGCCUACAACCGGCGGCUGCUGCACAACAUCCUGCCCAAGGACGUGGCCGCCCACUUCCUGGCCCGCGAGCGGCGCAAUGACGAGCUGUACUACCAGUCCUGCGAGUGCGUGGCCGUCAUGUUCGCCUCCAUCGCCAACUUCUCCGAGUUCUACGUUGAGCUGGAGGCCAACAACGAGGGCGUCGAGUGCCUGCGGCUGCUCAACGAGAUCAUCGCCGACUUUGACGAGAUCAUCAGUGAGGAUCGGUUCAGGCAGCUAGAGAAGAUUAAGACCAUCGGCAGCACCUACAUGGCCGCCUCGGGCCUCAAUGACUCCACCUACGACAAGGUGGGCAAGACACACAUCAAAGCGCUGGCCGACUUCGCCAUGAAGCUGAUGGACCAAAUGAAAUACAUCAACGAGCACUCCUUCAACAACUUCCAGAUGAAGAUCGGACUCAACAUUGGCCCUGUGGUGGCUGGGGUGAUCGGGGCGCGUAAGCCCCAGUACGACAUCUGGGGCAACACAGUGAACGUGGCCAGCCGUAUGGACAGCACCGGCGUGCCCGACCGCAUCCAGGUCACCACGGACAUGUACCAGGUGCUGGCCGCCAACACAUACCAGCUGGAGUGCCGGGGCGUGGUCAAGGUCAAGGGCAAAGGCGAGAUGAUGACGUACUUCCUCAAUGGCGGGCCCCCGCUCAGUUAGCAGCUGCGCGCCAGCACCGGGCAGCCUGGCCUCGGCAGGAACGGCUGCCAGGAGGGUGCGGGCAGCCUGGCUCCAGCCCCCGGGCCGUGCGCCUGAGAUUUCCCACUUUGCCUCCAGAAGCAGCUUCUGCCUUCGCUGGUGGGCGCAGCCUCCGUGCCAGGCCCCGGAGUGCCAGCAUCCUGCGAGCACCAAGCUGACCAAAGAUGUUUCCCGCUGGAGAAGACGCCCCUCGACCCUACCGAGUCCGGAGUCCUCCGCCGGGUGCUGCGGCGCGUGCGGGUGACUGGCCCUGCGGCCGGCGGCGGGGCGAGGGAGCCUCGGAGGGGCGGGACGGGAGCCUGGGCUGCGGCCCAGGGGACGCAGGGAUCCUGAGGGCUCUGCUUUUCCUUGUGAGCCUUUCAUCUUCGGCAGAGGCUGCGCGCCGGGCCCCGCCGAGAGCUUGCGGGCCAGGGCCGCGGUCUUCAUCGCCUUGCUGCGCCCGCCCCGGGAGGGAAGCGGGGCUGACGGAGGAGACCGGAGGACGCCAAGCAAGGAGUGGUGUUCUGACGAAAAGGAAAUAUUUAUUAAAUAAAACGAGUUUUCUGUGCACUUCUUUAGACCAUGCUAGUUGUACGCGUGUAAGAGACACAAGCAAACGGAUGGCACUGGGAGGGAGGGCGGGGACCCCAACUUGUCUCUUUUGUAUUUUUUAUUUUGUAUUAUUGAAAACCUUGGAGAUCUCACAGAUAUGCCAAAUUCUAUAUUUUGUAAAUUCUCUAUAUUCGAAAGCAGCCGCGCGCAGCGGCGCGUCCGUGCUCGCUGGUGCCGUGUGUGUGUCGGUGCGUGUGCCGGUGUGUGUGUGCGUGUGGUCACGCUGUGGAACCACUCUCCUCCGCUUCAGGUUUGGCAGUUUUGGGUUUUCCCAGGUAGAGCCAGAGCAGGGGGGCGUGUCCUCCGCGGGCACCUGUGUGCAGAUUUAAGUCGGAAGGUGCGUGGACAUACCACCCCCAUCUCUAACACACACUCAUGCACCCAGCCCACAUCCCCUGAGGAAGAGGCCAGGGGAGCGGUAAAAAAACAAAAAGCUUUCCCAUCUCGGGCUGUGUGGGAACCCAAGGAAGCAGCCUCAACCUGGGGCAGGCGGCGGGGCCUCGGGCCACGCCCCCCACCCCACGCCGCGGGCGUCAGGUGUUGGUUGCCUGCCAAGAGCCCAGGGCUGGCGGGGUUGGGGUAGCUCUGCCGCCUGGGGGCUGCCUGGCCCUCUCAGUUGGCAGAGGUGCAGGUGGCUGUCCCCGGGGACAGCCCCUCGGGCCUGGGGAGGCCACACGUGCAGGCUCAGGAUUGCGGGGAGGGGCGUGGCCUUGCCUUCCACCCGCAAACCUGAUGGAGAUCCCGGCCCCAGAGGCCACGGGGGAAAAGGCUGGCAGCAGCGUUGGGGGUUGGGGGGACAGCUAAAUAUAUAAGGAAAGAAUACUUUUUUUAUAGCCCAUGCAGGAGGCAUGUGGAAAGUGACAGCCACCACACAAGCUAUAUUCGGGCAGGCUCCCUCGGGCUUGUGCCCAGAUCUUUUCAUCGCUUCUCAGGGCAGAACUAGCCUCGCCCCCAACAAGAGCUUGGAGGAGGCAGGACCGCUCCCACCACGCCUGCCGGCCCCCUGCCCUCCCCACCCACCAAGCUCCCCAAUCUGAACAUGGCUCGGAGAAGCCAAGCCUAAAACUGACCGAAAACUGCCAAGCCUGAGUCCCUCCCACGCCUGCGCGCUCCCCCUGCGCUCUGCUCAGCCCUGGGUGGGCGCAGGGGUGCUUACCCCCACUGAGUCCCCAGCCCCUGCCCCACAUCACCCCCAGUGGCAGCGGGCGCUCUCGUUUCGCUUCCCCGCUGAGUACGGCGUGUGUGCGGAGUUCAAGCCCUGUCCCCAGCCCGGCGUUGACUGGUGACCGCGCGUAGGGCUGGCUCUUCGUUCCCUCUAAGGGUGUGCACUCUUUGUAUUCCUGCUCUUGCAAAAACGGAUACGAUUAUGAUUUCCCAUGGAAAUUGAAAAGUCUAUUUAAAUAAUUUAACUAUUAAACACUUU